AUGGCAACCGGAAAUGUUCUUGAGAAUUGUGUGCGAAAUUUCGGGAAUCGCAUACUAUCGCGCUGGAGCGAUGAUGAUUCAGGCAGUGGUAAUGCGCUGGAUGACAACAAAAAUGGUGUCGAUGGGGUCAAUGUGACUAAUGAUGCCACUAAAUUCUCCGUCUCUGUGGAUGUUUCGCCUUUCAAACCUGAUGAACUACGGGUCCAUAUUAAUGGACGGGAGCUGAUCAUCGAAGGAAAUCAAGAGAAACAAAGCGACAACGGUUACAUUCAGAGGUGGAGGAGCUUAAUCAACGUUACUCUGUUACAAAGUUGCGCUCAUGCCUGA